AUGGUGUCCGACAAGAUCUACGACCUAUGCAGGCCGACGUUGAAGAAUGCAGAGCUUGGGGAAGAGGACAAGAUCGAGCAGUUGGAGGAACUAUUAGCAGGCGAGCCCACGUCGCUGAAAGGCAAGGCACUCGAAGAUGCCGUUCUUGGAUCCUUGUGGCAAUGGAAGAGCGCAUCCGAUAAGAAGUCAACUCCACCACCUGUCAGGGGAGUGGCGAUAGUAAGAUCGAGUUCGCCGGCGCCGUGGCUGCAGAGACCGGGUACGCCAACGUCGGGUGUCGCAUCGCCACGGCCUUCGAGCGCAACACCAUCCGUACCACCAGGUUUCCUAGCUAGGACGAAGUCUUCCACGCAAUCACCCUUCCAAUCUCCACGAGCGUCACCGCGCCUACCCGUAGCUACCCCAGCCAUUCCCCACAGCCCCAGACUGAGCGCAUAUCAGUUCAACGAGUCCUCACCGACGACCGAGAACUACGGCGACUACGGCAGCGACACAGUCGACUGGCUGGUCAAUGAUGAUGCGAGCAGUAACGCGAGCUUGGGCGACGCUGGCUUUGGUGCCUCUUCAGAGUUCAUGUCCCCGUAUACGGCCGAGAUGAGCCCAUAUGAUAUGCUGCGGUACAUCCUUCAGGAUAACAGGAGCGACGAGGAGUUGGAGCAGCUGCUGGAGGCGAACGGAUUUGAUCUUGGCCAGACCGUCAACUCGAUCAUGGAAGUGCAAGGCGUCGGGCUCAAUACCAUGGCUGCCGCGCUACCAGAACAGAACCGGACGUACCUCGUUGGCAAGAGCAUGUCACCCUCAUCGCGACCAGCAACACCCGCCGGCCAGCAGAAGUCGCCCAUUGUCUGUCGGUACUGGCUUGCGACCGGCCACUGUGCGCGAGCCGACUGCCGCUUCGCUCACGAAGUGCAAAACCACGUUUGCAAGUACUGGCUGCAAGGCAACUGCAUCGCCGGCAACUCGUGCUUGUUCUCUCACGAUCCGGCUACGCUCAUGCAGCAGCUCAACAUCGCUAAUAGCGGCACCAACACGCCACAACAAUUCGUGCCCAACUUCCAACUGCAAGACUACGACAGCUUCCCUGCCCUCACUCCGUCCACCAGCAAUCCCUACGACGAGUCAGCACCCAACAUGGACCCCACCAGCCUGGCGUCGACUCUACACCAGCAAUCUCUAUCUGGACUCUUCCCAACAUUCGUGCCGACUGGCCCACGCCAUGGCAGCGGCGCCAACUCGCGGCCUGGAAGCAGACACACUUCGCGAGCACCAACACCAGCUCAGCAGCCAAAUUUCCAGGACGAUGAAGCGUUUCCAACGUUGGGAUCAGCAGCCGCCAAGCCAGCAGGCAAGAGACACCACGGCAAGCGCGGCGGACACGGACAUCAGCAGUAUCAACCCGGUAACUUAGCAGACGUCGUCCGCAUGUCGCCAUCGCCUGGUCCGAACAGCCGUGAGGCCAUGCGCCGUGGACUUCGCAAUAAUCGAUCGUUCACCUCUACACGCGAGAACAGCGCAGCAGCUAUGGCAAUCAUCGCACCCACCGACAUCCCCUGGCUCGAGACUGGCUCCAACGCCAACGCAGCUUACCUCAAAGCCCGUCAAGAGGCCUUCAAGCACGGCGGCCUCCGCAACAAGUUCCUACAAUCUGCAGCUCAAGCCUGGAACCGCAACGACGCCCGCGGCGCCAAAGCACUUUCACUCCGUGGCCAAAACGAGAACACGCUCAUGCGCGAGAAGCACCGCGAGGCUGCACGCGCGUUGUACGAAGAGCGCAACAAGAAUCAGUCCAACUACAAAGAGCUCUUCGUCGACCUUCACGGCCUGCAUCCUGAAGAAGCCGUCUCCUACCUCUCCGAUUGCCUUCUCGAGCACAAAAGUUCUUCGAAACCUGUCUACGCCAUCUGCGGAACCGGCCACCACAGCAAGAACGGCAAGGACAAGGUCGGCAAAGCCAUCCGUCUCUUCUUGAACGAAUGGCGCUACGCCUUCCGCGAGUUCAGCGUGCCCGGCGACCGCAACAACGUCGGCGGCAUCCUAGGCAUCGAUCCGAGCAGCUACGACAAGGAGCUUGCGAAGGCGAAGGGUGGUGUCGGUGUAGGCGUGGGCUUGGACGCAGAAGAUUCGGGGUUGGGUGAAGAUACCAAGGUCACGAUUGUGAAGUAG